UCUAUCUCUGCGAUUAAAACCCUAAUUUUGCUCUCUCUUAACUUCUUCUCUCUCAGAAUUCAAAGCUCCCUCUUUCUCUCUCAUGGCGCCGGCUCAUGAAGAGAACCCUUAUGAAGGAGGCGGCGACGGGGGGUUUGGCAAGUUCCGUAAAAGACCCUUCCGCAAAACUCAGACGACUCCGUAUGAUCGUCCACCGACAGCACUGCGAAACCCUAACCGAAACAACGGUUGGUUCUCAAAGCUAGUCGAUCCGGCGCAGAGACUAAUCGCUUCCAGCGCUCACAAACUCUUCGGCUCGCUUUUCCUUAAACGCCUUCCAGCACCACCAGGACCAGCGGCAAGACCACCAACACCACAAGUAGUACAGGAAUUGAGGGAGCAUCACCAGGAAACAGCUCUCACUGUUGGAAAUGAAUACUCAGGCAAGCAAAAAGGAGUAGUUGGUGAAACUAUUAUCCAAAGUUCUGAUGGAGAUGGAUUAACUGAACUUGAGAAACUGCUGAAGCAAAAAACUUUCACCAGAUCAGAGAUAGAGCAUUUGACUGAACUCAUGCGUUCAAGAACUGUUGGUUCUUCUGUUGAGGAAGAAAGGAAGAGCACAGAAGUGAUUCCGUCAGAUCCAAUUUUACCUCGUGGACAAAGGGAAGAAUAUCCCAAAACUCCAGCAGUAGAAAAUGUGAUGGAUCUUGUUUCAACCCCAUUUGUUGCGAAGGUUACUUCAACUGUUUCUGUUGAUGAUGUUGCUUCCCCUGCUGAGCUUGCCAAGGCUUACAUGGGUAGCAGGUCUUCAAAGUUAUCACCAUUAAUGUUAGGCCUGCAAAGUUCUGCCCGGGAGGAUCCUACUUUACUGAGAAGUCAAAAUUUUGCUCAAAAAUCCCCUAUUAUGUCAAUUGUGCCAAGGGCUACUACCCUGACCAGGGUUCAUGAAAAUGGUUUUGUGACUCCAAGAUCUCAUGGCAGAUCAGCAAUAUAUAAUAUGGCUCGAACACCUUAUUCAAGAGUUCGUCCAGGCUCUGUACCCAAGGGUACCAGUGUUGCUGUUGAAGGUGUGCCAUCAUCUUCAACUCAGCAUGUAACUGAUCAUCAUAUGCUUUCUGGAUCUAAGCAAGGGUUAUUAAAACGUAGAAGUUCUGUAUUAGAUAAUGAUAUAGGAUCUUUUGGUCCUAUACGCAGAAUCCGUCACAAGUCUAAUCUUCUAUCUUCUAAUAGAUUGACCUCAUCUCAUUUGGGAAACCCUCUAUCUACAGAUAGGAGUGUAGUUGGUACUGAUGCUGCUCAACAACCCUCAUCUUCCAUGCAGAAGCCUAAUCUGCUGGGUGAAGCUAGGCAUACACAUUCAAAAUUAUCUGCAGAAACCGUAGAUGACACCAUGCCUGGUACCAGCAUUCCUCCUUUACCGUCAAAAUCUAGUGAGAUGGCUUCAAAAAUACUUCAGCAGCUUGAUAAGUUGGUUUCUCCUAAAGAAAAAUCCCCAACAAAAUUGUCUUCAUCCAUGCUACGAGGGCAGGCUCUUCGAAGUAUGGAGACAGUAGAUUCAUCAAAAUUCCUGGAUAACAUUAGGGGUAAUCAAUUGGAUGACACACUUAAAAAUAUGUCUGCUGGUGCUCCAAGGUUAAAAUCAAAAAUAGAUGAAACUGAAAAUGGUUCUUCAAUUCUGGUUGCUCCUACUGAUGCUACGGUUGAUGCAAAUGCUACAGUCCCAAGGAAGCAAGAUAUUUCUAUUUUAAAAUCUGGAGAUUCCUCUGGAAAAAAAGCAGGGUAUCAUCCUCCACAGAAAAAGAGGGCAUUCCAUAUGAGUGCACCUGAGGAUUACCUGGAGCUGGAUGACGAUGCCAGUCCUAAUGGAGCUGUGUCUCCUUUCUCUACUUCGGGUAAAGAAACAUCAGUCUCCACUGCUUUGGCUGAUAAAACUGCCUCUUCUAUUGAACCAACUGUACUGGAGAAGCCCCCGGGUUCAUCUGUGCUGGUUCCGUCCAAAAUUUUUACUGUAGAUGGUAAACCUCACGUUAGGACAGCUGAUGGGUCUACUGUUGAAGAGAAGGUUGAUGUAUCAUCCUAUAUAACUUCAUCUGUCUCUGAUCCUAUUGUUAAGCCAACUACAGGUGCAACUACAGUAGCUUCUAACACAAGUUUAGGCUCUAACAAGUCCACUACACCCAAUGGAUCGGUUGCUAAUUCUCCCAUGUUUAACUUUGGGAAUAAAGUUGUUCCAUCAACUGAGCUGGCAGCUGCUGUUGCUCCAUCAAAGGACUCUACUAAGCCUAGUCCACUAUUUGGUUUAGAGAAGGAUGUAUCGUCAAAAGAGCCAGGUACUGAGGCUCCUUUGGUUAAUUCUGGCUUCAACAAAAUUGUUGACAAGGUUCCCCAAGUACCAUUUACUUUCUCCUCAUCUGGUGGUGAAUCUACUGUGUUUAAAUUUGGCUCUUCUUCUGACUCAAAGCCAAAAAGCUUGAUCAGCUCAAGUCCUGUUGAUUCAAUGCCAAAACUUGAACUAGAAAAUGCUGGUGCUAAGUCUAAUAAUAUAUUCACUGGUUUCACCGCCAAGUCGUCUGAACCAGCUGUUUCUUCAGCAUUGAUGCCAUCAUCUACAAAUAUAUUUACUUUUGGCAACAGUUCAAAUCUAAAUGUUGGAUCUGCUGCUUCAAGCCCCUCUCCAUUUUCCCCUGUUGUUACAAACAAUCUUACAGAUCAAAAUAUAUUUAGUAGCUCAUCACUUGCAGCAAGCAACAGCAGCAGUAGUGCCACUGUAACCUCCACUAGCCCUGGCACUACAAGUAGCACUCCUGCCAUAGUUGCAGUGACUAAUAACAGUUCCUCCUCCCAAGUGUCAUCUUUAUCUCCCAUAACUUCAGUUUUCAAAUUUGGAUCUACACCUUUACCAUCAACAAGUUUACCUGUAUCAUCUUCUGGCUCAGAACCACUAGAAAACAAGAACAGCAUUUUUGGGAGCUCUGCUGCUGCAGUUGGAAUCACAGGGAGUGGCAUUAUUGGCUUUAAUUCAUCAGUAGCGACUACUGGAAGUAGCCAGUCUCUGGGUUCUGUCAUGGGCACUACAAGUGGGUCUAUUCCUGGUAGUCUGGGAUCUUCUUUUACCAGUGUGUUUGCAACUUCUUCUGAGAGUCAGUCAGUAGCAUUUAGUUCAUCUGCAUCAGCCCCAUUAUUUGGGUUGACUGGGAGCACAGAUUUUGCUUCAGGUAGUUCUUUGUUUUCCUCUAGUUCCGCGACAGACAUUUUCAAAGCGGGUACAACUUCAGGGCAGAUUACCCCUGCUGCUUCAGAAGCCAAUGCUGUUAGCUCCAGUAGUGGCACAAGUUCUACUGUGUUUGGGCUUUCAAGUUGGCCGCCCAACAAGUCUCUAUUUGGCUCUUCAUUUAGUUCAACAUCUUCACCUUCCUCUGGGUUUUCCUUUGGUUCAUCUUUUAGUUCAUCAUCUUCAUCUACCCCUGGGUUUUCCUUUGGAUCAUCCACACCUAGUAUUGCUUCUACCAGUUCUCCCAUGAUGUUUGGAUCCUCUGCUGUUGCAUCAACUCCUCAGUUUUCAUUCACUUCUGCUACAGCUACUACCAACACCCAGCCUGCUUUUGGAAGUUCUAGUCCUGUAUUCUCAUUUGGUUCAGCUCCUGUUAAUAACGAUCAGAUGAACAUGGAGGACAGUAUGGCCGAGGACACAGUUCAAGCAACUCCACCAGCAAAUCAACCUGCAACUCCUGUGUUUGGCCAACAACCUGCCCCACUUCAAUCAAAUUUUGCAUUUGGAGCAUCAACUCCAACAGGGGCUACUCCUUUCCAGUUUGGGAGUCAACAGAACAUCACCCCCCAGAAUCCAUCUCCAUUUCAAGCUUCUGGAAGUCUCGAAUUUAAUGCUGGUGGGAGUUUCUCAUUGGGCACUGGUGGGGGUGACAAGUCUAAUCGAAAAUAUGUGAAAGUUAAGCAUAGGCCGCAGCGGAAGAAGUAAGACUAUUUGUUGAUGAAAAUGGUUUUUUCUGUCGCUGCUGCAGGCUUUAUUAAUGCUACAAAUUAAUAAGCUCUAAGGCAAGUGAUCUCUGAAUUUCUGUCCAGGUAGGAGGAAUCCAGAUAAGUGACGUUAUUGAAAGUAAAUCAGGUGCAAUGUUGUCAAUCUCAUUUGUCUUGCUUCUUGUUGGGUGCAAGACAAUUUUUCACAAUUUUGUAAUACUAUGAUAUGGUUGAACAUAAUCUGUGCUCUACUUGUAAUGGUUUUAGGUCAUAGUACUAAAUCAAAGAUUUGGUCAGUUAUGUUCACAAAAUCCCUGUAUUCUCGUUACUUGUAUCAUAGCCAGAAAUAGGCAUGAAUUUAUGGCUUAGCUGGUUCUGAAAUAACUUACAAUUCAAGUGAGUAAGCUUUGAAUGAUUAUUAGCUAGCUAGUAGGUCUUUUAUUUUUUCCAUUUAUUUGAGCAUCAAGUUUUGUUUGUCCACUGACAACGAAGUCGUGGUUUCUUUUGGGCUAUUCCAUCAAUGUGGCAUUUCUUGUCAAAUUUUUGGUGCUUAAAGAGUUAAAUAUAUCUUUCAGCUAUUCCUAA